AUGUGGAAAGCGGACGCGCCCAACAUUCAACAACUUCACUUCUCCACCUUCUCCCCCGAUUGGACAAAACACCAUCUUGUUCCAACACUCAAGCUCUCUGUCUCUAUUUGCCCGCGCCCGGGCGCCCUCAUCACCAUGGAUGUCGUCGCGGCCGUCUCCGGCUACGUCUCCAAGAUGGUGACGGCCGGCGAGUCGGCUUCAGGGUCAUCGUCAAGCAAGAUGAAGAUCCUGUUACUCGACAGUGAGACAGUUCCGAUUGUCUCGACCGCCAUCACUCAGUCUGCCCUCCUCAAUCAUGAAGUCUACCUCAUUGACCGCCUCGACAACUCCGCGCGCGAGAAGAUGCGACAUCUGCGAUGCCUGUGUUUCGUGCGCCCAUCCCCGAAUUCGAUUCAGCUUCUUGUCGACGAGCUCCGAGAACCCAAAUAUGGUGAAUAUCAUAUCUACCUGAGUAACAUGAUCCGGAAGUCAUCCCUCGAGCGGCUUGCCGAGGCCGACAGUCACGAGGUCGUUCAUACCGUACAGGAACAAUUCGCCGAUUUCCUCGUGAUCAACCCCGACCUCUGCUCUUUGGGCAUGGGAUUCCCACUGUCCCGACUAUGGAGUCAUUCGCCAGACCUAUGGAACCCCGACUCGCUGCAAAGAGCUACCGAGGGGGUCCUGGCACUACUGCUGUCGCUGAAGAAGAACCCUUUGAUUCGCUAUGAGAAAAACAGUCUUUUGGCCCGGAAACUCGCGACCGAAGUUCGAUACCAUAUCACUCAGGAGGAGCAGCUGUUUAAUUUCCGCCGGACGGAUACACCACCAAUCCUCCUGGUUCUGGACCGUCGCGACGACCCUAUCACCCCGCUGCUGACGCAAUGGACAUAUCAGGCCAUGGUGCAUGAACUGCUCGGAAUCAAUAAUGGACGGGUGGAUUUGCAAGAUGUUCCAGAGAUAAGACCGGAGCUCAAGGAGAUCGUGCUGGCCCAGGAUCAGGAUCCGUUCUUUAAGAAGAACAUGUAUCAGAACUUCGGUGACCUAGGCCAGAACAUUAAGGAAUAUGUGGAGCAGUAUCAAACCAAGACGCAAAGCAGCAUGAAUAUCGAGUCGAUUGCCGACAUGAAGCGAUUUGUGGAGGAUUAUCCGGAGUUCCGCAAGCUCUCGGGCAACGUCAGCAAACAUGUCACCCUUGUGGGCGAGCUGAGUCGGCGAGUCGGCGAGGAUACUCUUCUGGAUGUGAGUGAGUUGGAGCAGAGCUUGGCCUGCAAUGAUAACCACGCCAAUGACUUGAAGUCAUUGCAACGACUCAUCACGCUGCCAAAUGUUCCUGCGGAGAAUAAGUUGCGUUUGGUGGCUCUAUAUGCACUUCGCUACGAGCAACAAUCGAACAGCGCCCUGCCGAUUCUCCUUGACUUGCUGGUGACGGCAGGUAAUGUUCCUUCGAACAAAGUCAAUAUCAUCCCCAAACUCCUCGCCUACCACAACUCCCUCCAGGCUCCGCCCGUUGCCGGUGGAUUCACCGAUCUCUUCGAAUCAACCUCAUUCUUCUCCGGCGCCAGGGACCGUUUCAAGGGACUCAAGGGUGUCGAAAAUGUCUAUACCCAGCACUCACCCCGUCUGGAAGUGACACUCCAGAAUUUGAUCAAGGGCCGCCUGAAGGAGCUGCAAUAUCCGUUCCUGGAAGGAAGCGGACACACUCGGGAUAAGCCGCAAGAUAUAAUCAUCUUCAUGGUUGGCGGCGUAACCUACGAGGAGGCCAAGAUGGUGGCGCAGGUCAACGCCAGCUCCCCGGGUGUACGCGUUGUCCUUGGCGGCACCACUAUUCAUAAUAGCACGACCUUCCUGGAAGAAGUUGACGACGCUGUCGGCAGCUGGCCGGAGCCGAGUCCCUCGACAGCUGCAGGACGGCUGCGACGGGAGCUUGGGCGGUAA